UUUCUGUCAAAAAUAAAAACAGCAACAACAACAACAAAAUUGCAACACACAAAUCAACUGCCACGAUCGUUCGAAACAUUUCUGCAAGCCAAACAUUUUUUGUUUUUAUUAAAAUUAUAAAUGAAUUAAAAACUGAUUUAUCAUACAAAUUAAAAAAAAAAAAAUGGAUUCUACAAUAUCAGUUUCAAAAGGAUGUUUUGUAUUCAAAAAUGGUGCAACUCGCGCCGAAAAAGGAACAACAAAAUCAAAGAAAUCUUCCUCCAAACAAUCUGUAGCAUCUUCACUCCUUGGCAAAGAAAUUACCGAUCAACCUUUUUAUAAAACUUAUUCGCAAACUUGGUCAAACUUUCUAACCGACAUUGAAACUUUGCAACGCGAAAGUUAUUCAAAAACCCUCAAAGAUUUAGUUGAUCAUAUUGGAAAAGCGUACAAUAGUGAUAGUAGUUCGGUGAAGAAUAUUUUACCAGCUGCUGCUCUUCUAACUGGAAUAAAUCAACCGGAUCACCAUGAACAAUUCGAAACUCUAUCGCAACGUAUUAGGGAAGAACUCUCGGCGAGUGUUUGUGUCAUUCAAUCGCGAGACUGUUCCAGUGUCAAGGCAGCUGUUGAAACAAUGGUUUAUGGUUUUGUUGAAGAACCAUUCGAAGAAGACGAAGAAGAUAGAGAUCACAAACGAUUGCGACGAUCACAAUGCACGAUGCAAGUUCUUGCCGAAUGGCACAAAAGUUCCCAACCCGAAUCGACUUUGGUUGUUAUUCUGCCUGAUUUUGAGUGUUUCAAUGGGAAAAUACUUCAAGAUUUUAUUUUGAUUCUGAGUUCGUAUUGCUCAAAGGUUCCAAUUGUUUUAAUUUUGGGAGUAGCAACAGCUGUUUCAGCAUUGCACAGUACAUUGCCGUAUCAUGUGACUAGCAAGAUCAGAUUAAAGAUCUUUCAAACACAAGCUGCUCCAGUGGGGUUAAAUGAGAUUCUUGAAAAAGUCAUCCUAUCGCCAAAGCAUUCAGUUCAUUUAUCGGGUAAAGCCUUUAAGUUUUUAACCCAUAUAUUCUUGUUUUACGAUUUCUCAAUAAAUGGGUUUAUACAAGGAUUCAAGUAUUGCCUAAUGGAACACUUUUUCCAAGGAAACGCUUAUGCGCUUUGCACCUCCUAUUUUUCAUCUCUCAAAAUGAUAAAAUAUCUUACCCACGAAGACAUGGAAACCAUUCGUCAUCUUCUAUCCUUUCGACCGUAUGUGGAGUCUUUGAAUGAUUGCCAAUCGAUUAUAGCCAUACUCACCGACGAUGGGUAUCUUAAGAAGAAACUACCAAAACUCCUCCGAGAUUGUCAUUUGCAUUUUAUCUACUUUCGAGCGUUUCUUGAAUUUCUAACUGUUUUGGUUCAAGACCUUCCCAAAUCUCCAAUGGGAAAACUCCAACGUGAACUAUACUCCAGUUGUUUAUCGAAAGAUAUAACCGAGACAGCUGAAUUCAAAGAAUCAUGGCAAAUGCUUGCAUUUAUGUCAAAAGAUGAGUUUGUUGCAAAUGUAUCGAGAGCAAUUACCACAACAAUUGAUUUUAUCAACGCUAACGAUCAAGAUUUAGAUUUGAGCGAAACAUUUCGUCCAAAAAUUAAUGAAAAACUUGAUUGUCUUAAAGAACUUCUCACAAAAGUUGUAAUGGCUGGCAUGGAAGUUAAACAACAAACAAAAUCGACGUCAGCGAUAACAACUGAAAAUGAUCUCAAGCAAAUGAGUCGUCAAGACUUGAAAGAAAAACUCCUACAAAUGUCCAAACAAGAAAAACCAAUUUCAGAUUUUACAAGAUCUGUAAAUGAAACACUAGAGUAUAUUAAAACUCAAAUUGUUGAAGAAUGCUUGAAACCAUUAACAAAAGCACCACCAUUGUAUGAGUUAUUUGUUUUCUCCGAUAUUGCUAAUGUUCGAAGGAAUAUAAUUGGAGCACCGAGAGCGGCUUUGCAUAUGGCCUUGAAUAAUCCUCAUUACUAUUUGCAGUGUAAAUGUUGUGAGUUGGAUAGUAAUUUGUCAAUGGUACCUACAUUACCUGAUUUAUCGGUGGCGUAUAAGUUGCAUUUGGAGUGUGGAAAGAUGAUAAAUCUUUUUGAUUGGUUGCAAUCGUUUCGAUCGGUUUUGGAUUAUAGCGAAGAAGAUCAGGAACAAGUGGAUCCAGAAAUUCAAGCCCGUUUUACACGUGCUGUUGCAGAGCUACAGUUUUUGGGUUAUAUAAAAACAUCCAAACGAAAAACAGAUCACGUUACGCGUUUAACGUGGUAACUGCAUUAACCAUCCUCGCUGCAUUAUUUUGUUCUAUUUAUUUCAAUAUUUAAAUAAAAAAAACGUAUUAAGUUUUCAUUGAA